CAUUAUCAACGGAUCACAUUCUAUCGUGAAGAAUCAGCAUUCUCUGCGUGUGGUAGUCCAAACUCUUACUGCUUCUCAUUGGUUUUGAAUGCCCGUCAUUCUUCAGAGCGGAAGCAGGCGCUACCAUUUUGAAGCACAGCAACGCCUAGCCCCAGCGCCAUGGACAAGAGCAACACGGUAAAGCUCUUUGUGGGGAACCUGGCAUUGGACACUACCCAGGAAGAGCUGUCGGCCAUCUUUGAAGCGUACGGCCAGGUGGUGAGCUGCAGCGUGCUGCGCCAGUUCGCCUUCGUCCACCUGCAGGGCGAGGGCGCCGCCGAGCGCGCCAUCCGCGAACUCAACGGACGCGAGUUCCGCGGGCGCAACCUGGUGGUGGAGGAGUCCCGGGGACGACCCCUCCACUCCACCAAGGUGUUUGUGGGGAACCUCAGCGGCAUGUGCACAACCGAGGACCUUCAGGAACUGUUUCAGACCUUCGGCAAAGUGCUGGAGUGUGACAAGGUCAAAGCCAGGCUCUCGUCUUCCGCAGGCUACGCCUUCGUGCACAUGGAGAACAAGGAAGAGGCCCUCCAGGCCAUCGAGGCCCUGCACGGCACCUCCUUCAAGGGACGCCCGCUCUCCGUGGAGCUCUCCAAGGUCCAGCCCUCCAAGCAGACGCCCACGGGCAAGAUCCCCUGCGUGAGCUGCGGCAAGCAGGGCCACUACGCCGGGGAGUGCCCCGUGGGGAAGCCGUCCCUGGAGCAGUACCAGAGCCAGGCGGCCGUGCUGGCGGCGGCGGCGGCCGCGGCGGCGGGCCUCCCCCUCCAGGUCCAGCAGAGCGUCCACAACUCGGUGUACAACACGUCGACCUUCGACCCCACCUACGCCGCGCUGACGGGCCUCAGCGGCGGCUCGCGCAACGACGGCUCCUCCGUCAACCAGGCCGUGUACGGCGCCCUGGCCACGCAGGUGUACGGCCAGUCCGUGGCCAAUCAGCUGUACGGGACGGUGGCCGCGGCCAAUCAGGCGGCGGCGUUGAGCCAGGGCGCCUCCCAGGUGUACGGCUCCAUGACCCCGAGCAUCUACGGCCAGAUGACCUCGCCCGCUGCCGCGGCGGCUGCAGCCUACUCCACGCCGGUCUACGCCCCCGCCAUGGCCAACCACCCGGUCUACCUGACCGCCUCCGGCAUGGAGAUGCAGGCCGCCGUGAACCCCGCCUACACCAUGGCUCCCGCCCUCUACGGAGCCGCCUCGCCGGCCUACGGACACAUGGGGGCCAUGGGCGCCACCGCGGACCCCACGGCGCUGUUCGAGGCGGCCAGGGCGCACUACUUCGCUCAGGGCCAGCAGGUUCUGGCCGAACAGCAGACGGUUGCCGCGGCGGCGGCGGCCAAGUCCGGGGAGCGCGACCGCAGCCCCCUGAGGAGGUCGGCGCCGCUCCUGCCCGACCCCGUCAUGAAGCCCUUCAUGUACCAGAGGGCCAAGAGGAGGCCCCUGUUGCCCACGCCCGCUGGGAGGGCCGCCGAGGAGGCCGCUGAGGCCGCAGAGGACCCCAUGGCCAGGUACUAUGCCGAGUACUACCAGCAGUACCAGCAGUACCAGCAGUACCAGCAGUACCAGCAGCUCCAGCAGCUCCAGCAGCUGCAGCAGUACCCCCAGUUCCAGUAUGCCUACCCGCCCCCCAGCUCGGUGGCCGCCCUCUCCGGCAUGCCGGGCCAGCAGGUGGCCACGCUGGACGCCCUCAGGCCAGUGGUGCCGGCCGCGGCCGUAGCCGCCGCCAUGGCGACGCCCCGAGUGUAUGAGCCGCCGUUGCCGCCGCCGCGCAAGGAGGCCGUCCUCCGCCGCCCCGAACUCUCCCUUCACACGCCCGAGCCCCCCUUCCGAUAGUCACCUCCUCUUGUCUGACCCUCUCCCCCUACCCCCCCCCCCGUGACCCGCCACCCUCCUCCUCCCUCCCCUCUUCGGCGGCUGUGUGUGUGUGGUUUUCACCAUGUGUGUGUGUUUGGGUUGGGGUGGGUUUUGAUACCAAGGCUUGGUUAACAUACAGCGAGGACGUGAGCCCCUCAACCAUGGUCCUAGUGAUACCCACUGUCUAGGGAGGGGAGGCUAGGAAGGGGAGGCUAGGAAGGGGAGGCUGGGGAGGCUGGGGAGGGGAGGCGCUUCUCGUCUUGACGAUGGGCAUUUCUUUACACCUGGUGCUUUUUGCUUUGUAUGGUGGCAGUCCGGUCAGUCACGCUAGUGCCAGUACAAGUCUGACCCAGGUUCUGACUUUCUCAAUGCCUUUUUAUCUCGACAGACCAGCUAUGGUUUAAGGCCAAAAAAUAGCAGGUUGACUGACGGACUUAAGCCUUGUUUUCAAAAAAAAAAAAAAUAUGUUCCCGUCUUAAGUGACCCAAGGCAGCUUGGAUAUUUUUGUUUGCCUUAUUUUUUUAUAUGACUUUAUUUAGAUGUUGAUCAUAGAAACGGAUAACAUGAGAAGGCAGAUGAUGAUGAUGUAUUUCCUGCACAGAAGUGUCUCCAUAGCUCCAGGGUUGAUGGCUCUGAACGUCUUGUAUGCGUUAGGGUGUGUGUGAGGACGAGAGAAUGAUGUUGGCUUUUAAGUUGUGACUGUCAUGCCUGCCCACACACACACACACAGGCUAGCUACAGCUCACAACCUUGGGAGUUUUGAAAGCACACAGGCACAUGACAAUGUAUUAUUGUAUGGUAUUUUCUAUCCUGUCCUCCUCCUCCUUCAUCCCUCUCCCUCUGUCUGUCUCCGCACUAUAACUUGACCACUGAAAGGCACUGCUGUAUUUCUCUCUCUCUCUAUUCCACACCUAGCUACCUCUGACGUUGAGAUAGACAAUUGGAGACAAAGAGGCGGCCAUUUUGUCUGCAUUGUGAACCGUCGAGGUACCCGUGUCGGUAGCCUAGGAAAGGGAAUGCCACAUUUUAGUGACAGUUGAUUGAUAUCUACCUACCUUAUAGUCUUACUAUUGUACAAAGAGGCCUUUAUACAACUUGUUUGCUGUUUUGUUUUUUAGUUUGAGUUUUUGUCUGUAGGACCAUGACCAGCACCCUAAACCCCGCCCCAUCUGUUGACUUGCGGGAUGAGUCAUUGAAGUGGUCAAGUCCACUUCUUACUUUCACUCGUUUUAAUCGUAACUUGAUUUUUUUUUCCGGGAAUUGUGACAGUUCUAUGAGAUUUUUCGUUGUGCCUAAGCUUUGAGUGAAGUGCAUUAACUGGAGGGACCUCCAUUUUUGUUAAGUGCUUUUUAAUUUUUUUUUAUUACUGUGAUUCAGUAUUUGAAUGGGAUGUUUUACUGGGAGAGGACAGCUAGCUAAUGACGUUAGCCUCGACUCUGGAGAGGUGAAGCGGUGUCUUUCAGUCCCUCUGCCCUGACUGUCCUCGCACUCUUCCCCACACCUCCCUCGCUCCCUUCUUCCUCUCCUCCUAUUCUCCUUCUGUGGUUUUAGUGAUGUAGUGAGUUUUGCAUCCCAUAUUAUACUCUCUGUGUCUUAUAUACACACACACAUAUACACACAUACACACACAGUUGCAUCAAUUGUAGGUUUGCGAAAUGUCCUGUUUGUUUGCCAUGUCUUGAGACCUGUUUUUUAGAUUCUGAUUUCUUUGCCUUUUUUAAAGAAAAGAAAAAAACAUACCGGCAUGCUUUAAAAAUAUGUACGUAUAUAAAUAUAUAUACCCACCAUGAAAAUAAAGAAUGUUUAUGACUACUGUGGUGAAGACAAACUUGAGGGCCUUUUGGAACUUCCCCCCCCACUUCUUCCUGUUUUGACCUCACUUCCUGUUUCUCCCCUGUCACAUGAUCACCAGAGCCAUUUGAUUGACAGCCUGGGGGAAGAAAGGUGUAAAACCCCACCCCUCCCUCUGCCCCCCCCCCCCCCCACACACACACACCUUGGUGGACGGGGUUCCCGGCCCCAGCUGGACACGACGCCCCAGUGAGAGGGGGGGGGGAAGACAUAAAGCGUCGCGCGGCGGAACUCUCGCUUUCGGGUCUCUCUCCACCAAGCUGAGAGGAGGAGCCUCUGUAAAGGGGGCGGAGUCUCGACAGGCGGGCGCAGUAUGUCCUUUCCGCUUCAGUCUGCCUCUCCACUGAAGCACAAGGAGGGAUGAAGGGAUAGAUGGAUGGAUGGAAGGUGAGUUGCUAUCGUAAGGACUCCAGUCCAUCCCUGUGUCCAGAGCCCAGUCAUCCUGAUCCAGGGAGGAUUCGAACUAGCAGGCUAGUGACCCCCUGUGGUGGUGGUGGUGGUGGUGGUGGCCUAGACCAGGGGUGCCUGGAGACUUCAGAGAAGGGCAGGGGUUGGGGGGUGUUUGUACUGGGGUGUGUGCACCCUAUGGGAUUCUCCACCACACUAAACCUGCAUUUGUGCCUGGUGACUGCAGGGUUAAAAUGCUUUUAGCAGCUGGUUUGACGCCAAUAUCCCAAUUUAAUGUCCAUCGAAUCUUAAUUUUAAGACAAAACAUUGUUUAUACUUUAAACGUGGAAAUGUGUGGGUUUAUGUGGAAUCUCCCUGGUCAGGAUUGGGUUAGUGGGUUCCUCCCAACCCGGGCUGCACCAGUCUGUACCCCUGUACUGUAUGACGGGCGUGGGGGUAAACACCAGCCUUGCAUUCCCACACAUCGCCGCUCGCUUUCUCAACCAACCAUGCUGCUGCAGCCCCCACACUAGCCCCUCCCCCCCGCCCCUCCCCCACAAACCCCUGUCUGUUUCCUGGCUGUACAGGACAACCAAAGAUGCUACAUUCCUUAUCCAACCAUCUGGGUUUCCACGGAUCUUUUUGGAAAGAUCCAUGCCUGGUACAGAAAGUAGGUAGUUUUUCAGCGAGGAAUCUCUGGAAACUUCUUUUUUUGUGUGUGUGUGUUCAGAAGAUCUGUGGUGAUUGGAUGUGUCAUGGUGGCUCCCAUCUGCACUGUGUUAUAGCUGUUCCACAUCCAGGUAAACCAGAUCUGAUAACUGGAGCGAAAGAGGGCUUUGGAGGUUGUUUUGGUGCCUCGCUUCUCUCACUUGCCCCCUCCAAACCCUUUAUGCCCCCUAGGGUUGGUUGGUUGAGGGUAGUUUCCCAGAAACCACCACCGUGUAUUUUUGUCGGUUACUUUAAAUAUGAAUCAGUGUUGCCCACGUCACCAAAUUAACUUGAGAUAUUCAUGUCAGAAGUGUUUUUUUAUUUUUUUUUAUUACGUUUAAUUAAACAGUGAAUUCGUUUUUCCUUCAUUAGGUAAGUGGAACACAUCAUGUGUGGUUACAUGGUGAAAAGCCAGGUCACUUCAUUAGACACUGCAUCUUAAAGCUGCUAAGGGUUCUCCUUGUGGAGGAACCAUGCAGAGAGAUCAGAUGAACUCAACAUCCCAAGGACCUUAAUUUCACCCGACUUCGAGGGUCUUUUAGCGAGAAUGGAGUUUAUCUUUUUUUUAAUUGAAGUAUGAAGUCGUUUGGGUGCAUACAUCCCUUUUUUGUUGAAAAGAGCCUGAAAUGAGCAUGCUGUGUGUCAAUUAAAUGAGUUCAAGUUCCUAGAUUUCACUGUACAAUCAGCAUGGUAGUCAUAUGAAUAAAUUGGAUUUUGAAAAUGUCAA